GCAGUUCCAACAGUAGUUGUCAACAUCAACGAUACUGUAAUAAUAAUAUCCCCUCACUCUUCCUCACCGUCCCCCUCUUUCCAUUUCUAUCAAUACUACAAAAUGUCCAUUGACCGCUGUUCACCGGACCCCAACUCCGCCACCGCUUAUUGGGACGGCCCUCGUCAGCUGCACCACCAGGCCGACGCCGCCGCUGGAGCCAUGUUCUGCCGCCAAAGUCCGGCUUACAGCUUCAACCUUAACGAUGAAGACGAUGAGGAAUUACUUCAAGAGCAGGCGGCGGACGACGGAGAAUUAACAACUAAUAGACAAUCCGAAGGAGAAGAUCAUACGCAGCGAAUUCCCAAAGAACCCUUGUUCGAGAAACCCUUGACACCCAGCGACGUCGGCAAGCUCAACCGCCUCGUCAUACCCAAGCAACACGCGGAGAAGCACUUUCCUUUGAACGUCGGCGGCGGCGGAAGGGAGUCCGGAGAAAAGGGUUUACUGUUGAGCUUCGAGGAUGAGUUGGGAAAAUCGUGGAGAUUCCGGUACUCGUAUUGGAACAGCAGCCAGAGCUACGUUUUAACUAAAGGGUGGAGCCGUUUCGUGAAGGAGAAAAGGUUGGACGCCGGGGAUAUUGUCAUCUUCGCGCGGCAACCCGAGGACUGCGGCCGCCUGUUUAUAGGGUGGAGGCGGAGAAACACCGGUGGAGGACAAAAGAGUGGCGCCGCUCAACCGCCUCCCGGCGGCGGCGGCGGUGGUGGAUGGAGCAGAGUACUUUACCCUAACCAAUAUCCUUAUCCUAGGCAGCAUCAUCAGGGGUCUUCUUCUCUCCCAUACCAAUCUGUCUGUCCUCAUCCAGUUACACAGGACCAAGUAACAGUAGUAGGAAGUGGGAAUAAUUGGAAGAGGCUGAGAUUAUUUGGGGUGAACUUGGAGUGCUGGGAGGCAGGAGAUGAGUCCGAGGCAGAGGGUUCGCCCAUGUCGAGCCAGGGUCGAGCCCAUCCGCACCCGUAUCAUCAACAUUACUCCCACCAUCGAACCCACAUGGAUAUGAAUUUCUCAGCAGGAGAUGUGCAUCGGCAUGGAUGAGAUCAGAAGUGAUGUGACGUCCACAAUCUCACCACCUUCCACAUACUCAUACAGUAUGUGUGUGUGUGAGCGAGAGAGAGAGAGAGAGAGAGAGAAUUUUUUGUAAAGAAAAAGGAAAAAGGAAAAGGCAACAAGAAAAAGGUUAAAGCUCUUCAAGUCUUAUACUACAUUGAUAUUUUGUAUGGAUUCAUUGAGUUCUUGUCGUAUAACCAAUUUAAAUUCUCAGAGAA